ACGUACAAGGAAGUGUCCUCAAGACAACAACACUGCAGCAGGCUAAUAACCACUGAAGUGUUAAAAGCUAUCGAAAAAAUGUAAUUCUGACUUUUUUACAACAUCUCAAACUUCUCCUCUAGGUGUGGCGAUUUAGCACGGGAAAGACCGAACAAGUUUAUUAUCACUCUGACACAAGACAGAGACAUUUCCCAGCCUCUCCAAUGUCCUCUGGCUGCCCACCCCAGUCCCCUGCUGUGGCAAAGUCUGAAGUAGCAGUGGAGGGAGAAUGCCCGCUGUUGGCUGCAACCUUUGCCUACUGGGACAACAUCCUGGGCCCACGGGUGCGCCACAUCUGGACGCCAAAGGGAGACCAACUGAUGUUCCUCAGCGAUGGAGAGGUCACAUUUUUGGCCAAUCACACACUAAACGGGGAGAUUCUGCGGAGCGCCGAAUGUGGCGCCGUGGAUGUGAAGUUCUUUGUCCUGGCAGAAAAGGGAGUCAUCAUUGUGUCUCUCAUUUUUGAUGGAGAGCUGAAGGGCGACAAAAACACGUGUGCCUUGUCCAUUAUCCUGCCUCAGACGGAGCUGGCCUUCUACCUGCCUCUGCACACCAUCUGCGUGGAGAGGUUAAAACAUGUUAUACGCAAGGGACGCAUUUGGAUGCAGAAGGGCUACAACAUCAUCUCGGUGCUGAGUCUGGAGAUUGUCCCUAUCAUGGAGCUGCUGGCCUCCAUGAAGACACACAGUGUGCCAGAAGAUAUAGAUAUAAAAGACACCGUGCUAAAUGAUGAUGACAUCGGGGACAGCUGCCACGAGGAUUUCCUCCACAAGGCCAUCAGCUCUCAUCUGCAGACUUGCGGCUGCUCGAUAGUGGUUGGAAGCAACCCAGAGAAAGUAAAUAAGAUUGUGCGGACUCUCUGCCUCUUCCUCACCCCGGCUGAGAGGAAGUGCUCUCGCCUCUGCAAGGCCGACUCUUCUUUCAAAUACGACACCGGCCUGUUCGUUCAGGGUCUGCUCAAGGACUCCACAGGCAGCUUCGUCCUGCCCUUCCGCCAGGUGCUCUACUCCCAGUACCCGACCACGCACAUUGACGUCGACAUCAACACAGUGAAGCAGAUGCCGCCGUGCCACGAACACACGUACAACCAGCGGCGCUACAUGCGCUCUGAGCUGACCGCUCUCUGGAAGACAGACAGCGAGGAGGACAUACCCCCGGACACGAUCAUUCACACUGACGAAACCUUCACACCUGACCUGAAUAUAUUUCAAGACGUCAUGCAUAAAGACACUUUGGUGAAGUCUUUUAUAGAUGAGGUGUUCAUGCUGAAGCCGGGCCUGUCCCUGCGGAGCACCUAUCUGGCCCAGUUCCUGCUGCUGCUCCACAGGAAGGCCCUCACGCUGCUCAAGUACAUCGAGGACGAAACGCAAAAGGGGAAGAAGCCGUUUCGAUCGCUGCGCAACUUAAAGACCGACCUGGAUCUAAUGGUGGAGGGAGACCUGAACAUUAUAAUGGCCUUCGCCGAGAAGCUGAGGGCAGGACUGCACUCGUUCGUGUUCGGGAAGCCGUUCUACACCAGCAUGCAAGAGCGAGACGCGCUCAUGAGCUUCUGACUUCACCUGCACUUUAUGUAUCAGACGGCCAAUGGAAACAGAUGUUUUAGUGUCUUUGUUUUAUCGUGACAUCAGUGCAUGCACAUGUGUAUUCAUGAGACAACCAUUAGCCUGGACAUUUGUUUAUUUUUGCCUUCCUUUUGAUCAGUUCAAGGCAUGAUGUUAAAGUAAAAGAGUAAUUGUUUCUGCUGUUUUGAGCCAUUUGAGUUAAAGUUUUGAUGUAUCGCCUUGAUCAGCUGUAAGCAUAAUGUGACUUUAAUGUUUUGAGAAGACUUAAAUUAUGCUCCGCGGUAUGAAUAAUUCAUGCAUCCUAUGCCUUCUGUUAAUAGAGGGUCUGUAUUAAUUUAUGGUCUUCAAAUUGGCUGAGGUGCCCACCAGGACAUUUGCAAUUUAAUUUAAAAUGAUAUUUAUUAAAACAUGAGUUAUUAGUUUCCUCACUGCCUGUGUUAUACAAUAACCUCCAAACCUUUUGAACUUCUGGAUUGCCUUUUUUUUUUCUUUAGAAAUUCAAUUAAUGAGUGUGUGUGCUGAAUGUGAAUGGUGCAGAUUUAGUGACAUGAGCAGUGCGGAGAUUUCAUUAAAGGAAAAGACAAAAGCACUAUAAAUGAAAUCUUAUCACAAUCCCUCCUGACAAAGCAGAUCUGCGUGGGUGUUGCUGACAGUAUGUGUCAUCAUUAAUGCAUUUAUCCAGCUGUGUGCAAAAUGGAUUUGCACAGAUUUUCAUCGUUACUGGUGUCAAAGUCAAGCAGUCUGGUUUGUGUGCUUUGUGUGUUGCUUCCAGAAAAUAUGUUUGUGCGUUGAGUUCAUAAUGUGCCAUUUUAAGUAUUACUGUAUAAUUUUGAAUUUAGAACAUUUGCUGCCACCUGGAGAGACAGUGCAACCAUGUUGUUGUUUUUUUUUUUAUCAGAAUUGCGUCAAAUGGCAGAAAUGUCCUCUACAUUAAAUCUGCUUGAUUUCUUCCCCUCUUAA